UGUCCCCGGUCCGGUGACGUGAACGGUUUGAAAAGUUAACAACAAAGCGGUUAGGCAACGAAAGCAAAAUCCGUCACUCCGUCGUCCCAGAUUUYGGCCAUGCACCGUUAACACUUGGUUACUUAACACUAAAAAUUAAAAUUCGCGACUGUUGGCCAGUCUCGAACUCGUCUCGUAAUCCGUUUUAAUUUCGUUCGCUACGUAUUUUAUUAUAUAGGUAUACGAUAUAUUUUAACUAACGUAUACAAUAACAACAUCAUAGGAUGUAUUCAUUAAAGUCAUUUGUAGUUGUAGCACUAAUUUGCACUUCUUUAACCGUAUUCAGCCAAAAUGCUGAUAGUCAACAAGCCCGGUUAUUAGUAUCCAAACAAGUUCUCAAUAAAUUACUAGUUCAAGACUCAGAUAUCUUAGUUAAAUAUACCAUUUACAAUGUGGGAAAUAUACCAGCGACAAAUGUUGUAUUACAAGACUCAGGAUUUCCUGAAGAAGCAUUUGCCACAGUCAAAGGAAAUUUGAAUAUUCGUUUUAACAGAAUUCCAUCUGGUGCAAAUGUUACUCAUGCUGUCGUCAUCAAACCUCUUACGUAUGGGCGGUUCAACUUCACAGCUGCAGUGGUACAAUACAAAUCAUCAGAAGGUGCUGAAGAGCCACAAUUCGCAAUAAGCAGUGAACCCGGUGAAGGAUACAUCAUCAGUUAUGCUGAAUACGACAAGAAAUUCUCCCCUCAUUUGCUUGAUUGGUUUGUAUUUGCAAUAAUGACUCUGCCAGCUGUGGUAGGACCGUUCAUGUUAUGGUGGGUUAGCAAGAGCAAGUAUGAGUUAAUUUUGAAACAAAAACGUGAAAAAGUGUCUAAAGAUUAAAAUGAAGAACUUUUGUACAAUUAACAUUAAGGAUUCUUUAGUUUAAUUUUAUUUAAUAUAUGUAUUUUUUAUA